CCUUCCUUCUGGAAAGGUGUCUUCCAUCAAUCGAGCUAUACAGCUUCAACAUCACCUAAACUGCACGCCUCUUACACGCAAAUCGCUGCAGGAUUGGCGCUUGGUUGCACAAUUCAUUCAAGAUGUCGGUGACACAAAAGAUCGCUGUCCACUCCCUGUCCGACCUUAAGAAUACCACCGACGAUGCCCUUCCCAACUACCUUCACUCCCUCAAGUUCAAGCAAAUCCACACUCAGACCGACGUGAGGUUAGCGCUAGGCUACAGCGCGGUCAUCAUUGCCGGUGUGCUCUUCUACUUCGACUGGAAGUUCGGCUGGGAGGCCUCGAAGCCAUACACUGCGCCAGCGGUGGUCGCAUACUUCCUCCUGAACGGCGCGUUCUCGUAUUGGUUGUGGUUCGUUGAGAAGGGUGUUGUGUACGAAGGCGAGGGCAAGACGGGGAAGAUCCGUAUCUCCUCGUCCACCAAGAAGCACUUCCCGGUCUACGAAUGCGACGUCGUCUUCAGACCUGCGCCCUACAAUUCGAACCCCGAGCAGAAGCUCCAUAUCCGCGCCGCGAUGACACGGUGGUUCACGUCCGACGGCUACUUCACCGCCAAGCCGUUCCAGCAGUGGCUUGCUUCUGAGAUCCCGGUUAUUGGCGCCGCAGACCCAGACAAUGUCGUGGAGGACAUUGGCCGAGGAAGUGGGACGCAGGAGUUGAACCUGAACAGCUCGAAUGCGAUCGAUGUGCUGAACCAGUUGAAGGCCAGUGGAGCGAGCUUCGCGAGUGGCGAGGGAAGGAGGAGGAAGUGAGUGAAUGGUACGGCGUGGCAUAGCAUGUCUUGGAGAAAACGGAGUAAGAAUUGCUGGGGUAUCAUCUUGUAGGCGUUUGGGACAAUGGGCUGCAUCCGCUCAAUGUGAGCAAUAAAUUCAAAGAAUCAAGGGUCACAUCACGGACA